GUGAAAAAAGUAAGGCUUGUGUGCAGUGGUGGAAAAAUAUUGAUUGGUGGUUAAUUUGCUAGAUAUCUUAAAGUUUGUUUUUUUGUCAAAUAUGGGCGAUCAACGAGGUACCAGAGUAUAUGUUGGUAACUUAACAGAUAAAGUUAAAAAAGACGACCUGGAAGGAGAAUUCACUAAAUACGGCAAACUGAAUUCAGUGUGGAUUGCAUUUAAUCCGCCCGGCUUCGCAUUUGUUGAAUUUGAACAUCGUGAUGAUGCUGAAAAGGCUUGCGAUAUAUUGAACGGGUCAGAACUCUUGGGUUCUCAAUUACGUGUUGAAAUAUCCAAGGGCCGACCACGUCAAGGAAGAAGAGGCGGACCUGGAGACCGAGGUCGCCGUGCUGAUUUCGGCAGGCACAACAUUAAUAGCAGCGGUGGCGGGUUUAGACAGCAGCGUGGCUCUAGUAGCAGCAGUCGCCAUGGAGAGCGUGGCUAUAUUUCCGGCGGUGGUGGUCGUUCUAGCCGCGACGGUAGCAGCAGCGGCUUUAGUCGACGUGACGUUUAUGGCGGAGGACGCGACAGCGGCCGUUACGGAAGUAGCACCAGCAACUACAGCCGCAGUGGCGGGCAAGGAGGCAGCGGGAGUCGCUUUAGAUCCCGUUCACCAGUUGGAAAUCACCGGUUUUAAUAUAUAACGAAUUGAGCCGCAAGUUGUAUAAGGUUCAGUAAAAUUUGAAAAACAAAAUGAUUUAAUUUAUACACCAAUUGCAUUAAUUCAAAUAUUAAUCACGCAAAUACAUAAAACGCAAAUUUAAGCACUAAAAUAGCGGGCUAAUUCAAUAAUCUAAGUUAUUUAAGACAACUACACGAUUAUAUACGGAUUUAGUUUUACCGAAUACUUAGAUAUGUAUGUAUGUAUAUGUAUGUACAUCAAAUUCAAAUAAAUGACCAGAGUUGUAUGCCAAAAUGCAUAUGUAUGUAUGUAUGUACACGGUAUGCUUAGUAAA